AUGGGCAAAAUCAACCUUACGGCCCUACGGGUGCGCCAGACCGCGAUCAACCAGUUCGCCAGCGGAAAGAUCAGCCAGCUGCCACAAUGGGUCCAGGUGGUGGGCGAAAUUCCUCCUUCGGAAACACUCAUCCGUACCCCUGCUCCUCAGCAUGAGUUGGUCCGCCAGCGAUUGAGAACGCUUCCCGGAUCCUCGAAGCCGCAGGUCGUCUUCGAAGUCCUGGAGAAGACCCGCAAGGCCAAGAAGGCCAGUCGACUAUUCAAGCCCGUCCCACUGAAAUAUGAAGAGGAUCAACUACGACAAGAAUUUUUCCGCGAUCACCCCUGGGAGCUUGCCCGGCCUCGCGUGAUUCUCGAAAGUACCGGCAAAGACUUUGAAAAUUACGACUGGAGCCGCCUUCAGCAACCUGGAAAGCGAUUGGAUGGUGAAAGUGUUGUCCAGCGUCAGCUUUGGCUCUUGAACAACGUGCCCGAUAUCACCAAGACCGCCGCCUAUGAUAUUGCUCGCCGAGAAUUUUACAAGCUUCGUUUGAAGGAGGAUAUCGAGCGACGAGUUGCUGCCGAGGAAGCCGAGGCCACCGGUGCCCAAUUCGGCCCAUCAUACUUAGAGAUCGGUAUGGAAUUGGAGAAUCAGCAAUACGAGAAGUGGAAGGCGUGGGCCAAAACAGAGGCACAGGUAUUUGACCAGCGAAAUGCCGCACUCUCUGGUGCUCCGGACAUGGGGGAGACAGAGCCAGAGCCGGACGCGUUCGGCGCCGAGGCUGACCUAUUGGCUCCGGCUCAGGCGAAGCCCUAA